ACGAGGAAGAGGAGCCUUCAUUUUUCUUCUUGCCUUGAGUUCAUCUCUCCCACGGCUUCCACUGUACCAGGGCCGGGAGGUCAGCGGCGCUACCCAGCGCAGCUUCUGUAGCUGUCUGAUCUUCUACAGGGGAGAAGAAGAAAAAGAAGAAGAAAGAGGAAAUUCGCGGGUCCACCGCGCCCUGUGUCCGCAGCCCUCCCGGCCCGUGGAGCUUCUGCCCCGCCGCAUCCCACAGGAUUUGUCAUUCCUAAGGCUUGGCUGAAUGGAGGAUGAGGCUGCAGUGAAGCGGGAGAUGCCCUGGGACGCUGAGGCAGGCAAUGAGCUGCAGACAGAGAUCAAGGAGGAGAAACCUCCCUGGCAGAACAUUAUGGAAGAGGCCAUUUUGAGCAGCUCCAUGGCGCAGGAAUCAAGUGGGGAGGAAAAGCCCCAGAGAUCCCUCACAAGGAGGAGCUGCAAACCCAGCCCAGGAUGCUCCAAGGAGGAAAGAUCUCCCCUGUACUGGGAAGGCAGCCAGAGCUUCAGCCUGAGCUCAGAGCUGGUGGAGAAGCCUCAUGCGGGGGAGAAGCCCCACGAGUGCUUGGAAUGUGGGAGGAGCUUCAGCCGGAGCUUCCAUCUCCUCCGCCACCAGAUGAUCCACACAGGGGAACGCCCAUAUGCGUGCUUGGAAUGUGGGAAGAGCUUUAGCAGGAGCUCCUGUCUGAUCCGCCAUCAGGUAAUUCACACGGGUGAACGGCCCUACAAGUGCAAGGAAUGUGGGAAAAGCUUCAGUGACCGCUCCAACCUCCUCACCCACCAGCGUCUGCACGCCAGGGAACGACCCUACCAGUGUGGGGAGUGCGGGAAGAGCUUCAGCAUCAGCUCCAACCUAAUCCAGCACCAGAAGAUCCACAGUGGAGAACGGCCCUACGAGUGUCCCGAGUGUGCAAAGAGAUUUCGGACCAGCUCCCAUCUCCUCCUGCAUCAACGCAUUCACACGGAUGAGAGGCCCUUCCGCUGCCCCAGCUGUGGGAAGGGCUUCAAACGCAACUCCCACCUUGUCAGCCAUGAGCGUGUCCAUACCGGAGAGAGGCCCUACAAAUGUCCUGAGUGUGGGAAGAGCUUCUCCCACAGCUCUGCCUUGACUUCACACCAACGGACCCAUGAGUAGGGGAAGUCCUACAAGUGCCUUGACUUCAGGAAGAGUUUUGUCUCCUGCUCCAGCUUCACCACCCACUAAAGGACCCAUGUUGCAUUAUCUACAGUGGCCCAGAUCAUGCAAAAACAUGGUGAUCCACAUUCCUGGUGAUCCAUGUUGGGUGAAUACCUGGUGACCUAUGUUCCACAUGAUCCACACAGGGAAGACACCUGUCUGGUGGUCUUCGCCUGCUCCUGGUUCCCUGGAGGCACCUGGAUGAACACAGGGGGAAUGAACGUCUAUCAGGAUGUGGACUGACAUCAGAAAUUGAAUACUGAGGCCUGAAUGACAGGCACUGCACCAAAGUUGAUCUCUAGAUGAACCUUCCAACCAAACAUUAUAUGAUGCUUGAAUCUGCUAAUUA